UUGACUUGUCUGUUCUGACUUCGCUUCACUUUCAUUGCCUCCUGUUGCCUUCUGUCACGCAGCAAAAUGAAGUUCGACAACAUUCUUUCUGAAAUUAAUGGGUUUGGGAGAUUCCAAAUCAGACUCUUCUUGAUUCAGAUGUUUUCUCGGGUGACCCURCCGUGUCAUUUCCUGCUGAACAACUUCAUGGCAGCUGUUCCCUCUCAUCACUGCGACCUCGGCGCCCUGCAGGACGGAGGUGUUUUUGGAAAUUUAACUUUCCAUCAGAAACUGUCAGCUGGCAUUCCGACAGAGCGAGAUGGGACUCGGAGUUCUUGUCAGAUGUUUACGGAGCCUCAGUACCAGUACUUGACGGGCUCGAACAGCAGUGAGGAGGCCUCUUCUGUGUCCUGUCAGACCGGAUGGGUUUAUGACAACAGCACCUUUAAAUCCACUUUGGUGACAGAAUGGGAUCUUGUGUGCAGCAGCAAAGGGUUGAACAAGGCAACAGCUACUAUUUUCUUUAUUGGUGUAAUGAUGGGAGCCCCACUCUUUGGUUUUCUUAGUGACAGGUUUGGGCGACGGCCUUUGCUGCUGGUGUCUUAUUUGUCCUCUUCGAUAUUUGCAGCUCUAAGCGCCUUCUCUUCAUCAUAUAUAAUGUUUGUCAUCAUGAGGUUUUUCACUGGAAUGUCCCUGGCAGGAAUAAGUAUUAUUUCUAUUGCUUUAAAUGUGGAAUGGUGCAGCAUUGAACGCAGGACUUUUUCUGGUGUAAUUAUAAGUCUGGACUGGACUCUUGGAAACUGGCUUCUGGUUGGAAUUGCGUUCUGUGUAAGGGAGUGGAGGAUGCUGAUUAUAGCAGCUACUUCACCCCUGUUUGUGUCCAUUAUUGCUUGGCGGUGGCUUCCAGAGUCUGCCAGGUGGCUCGUGGCUAAAGGGAAGGCGGACGCUGCUCAUCAGUACAUUGUGAAAUGUGCAGAAACAAACAACAGAUCCAAGAGUAUCGAGAGCAUCACACCAGAGAWAUUAGUGGAAUCUGCAGAGGCUGAAUCCCCAGAUAAGAAGCACACUGUUAUGGAUCUUUUUAGGACUCCAAAUAUGAGAAAACUUGCAAUAUGCUCAGGAAUUGUAUGGUACGGCGUUGCAUUUACAUAUUAUGGGAUAAGUCUAAACAUAGCAGGCUUUGGGCUGAAUCCAUACCUCACRCAGCUCGUCUUUGCUUCAAUCGAGAUGCCGAUGAAGAUCUGUGUUUAUUUCUGCUUGGAGAAACUGGGCAGAAGGCAAUGUGAAAUGGGAGCCCUGCUGUCCACUGGUCUCUGUCUCUUCAUUAACAUUUUUAUCCCAACAGACAAGGCAGUCAUUCGCACGAUUGUAGCAGUUCUUGGUAAAUCUAUGUCCGAGGCCUCAUUUACAAUUAUGUUCCUCUACACAACUGAACUUUAUCCUACAGUAGUGCGGCAGAACGGUUUAGGCUACACCUCAUUUUUGGCACGGUUGGGGGUUUCCAUUUCACCUCUCGUCAUGUUAUUGGACGAAGUGUGGCAUCUUCUCCCAGCAGUCACUUACUGCGCAGUGGCAAUUUGCUCUGGGUUGGUUACUUCACUACUGCCUGAGACAUUAAACACCCAAAUGCCUGAGUUAAUUGAAGACAUUGAGAGAUCCAGGAGACAAUCUACAAGAGAGAAAGAGACUAAAUGAAAACAACAUAGACCAUCUGUUUACUGAAAUAAACCAAGUCAAAGUGAGAAGUGGGAAACACAUUGGCCAGAUCAUCAGUCCAUCAUAGGAAAAACAUCAUUUUGACAGUCUAAACAUGCUGUUAAUUUUAAAUAAAGAACUGUAAUGUUUUAACAGAUUGUUGAAAAAGCAUUGUUGAAAAAUUGUUGAAAAA